AUGAAGUUUCUCAGCCUCCUCACUCUUGCUUCCUUCGCCACGGCCUCUCCUUUCCGUCGGCAACAAACCGUCACAGGAACCAUCAAGUCUUCAGUCGACACUGUAAAUGACGCCUCUUUGGUAACUCUCAACCAGAUCAACGAUAAUGUCGCCUUGAUCAGCAACAACGUCGAUGCCCAAGUCAUCGUAGAAGCUCAGGCUCUUCUCAAAGCCAACUACCAAGCCAUCGCCCAAGGUCUGACCACUUCCACAACCACGAUUGUCAGCGUCACUACAGGAGCAGCUGGUGGUGUUGCGGCCCAAGCCAUUGGCCUCGCCAACCAACAGAUCGUCACACUCACUGCCUCUAUCCUCGUUGUUAUCGGCAUCCUUGAGAACCUCGGAGCCACUAUCUCCAUCACGGUCACAGACCUGACUCCCGCUCUAAGAGCUGCUUUCCAGUCUGAGAUCAACGCUGUCAAGGCUGCCAUCAAUCCCUUUGUUAGCCCUGUUCUCCUCCUCGCGGCUGCUGUGCGGGCUGCGAAUAUUGGCGGCAGUGCCACUAUCACUGGCCUCGACAAUGCCAUUGUCAACCUCUUCAGAGUCCAAAGCGAGGUCGCGGCGUCCAUCGGCAUUCCUGCCCUUAGUCUCUAA